UAUCGAGACUCAAAAACACCUCGAGCUGUCAAAGUAUAUUCAGUUGCACAAGAAUCUCGUCAUAUCAUCAUUAGCAAUGUUCCUGCUCUUGGACUAUCAGAAAAUCUUUUAAAGCAGUGUUCUCUCUAUGGAGCUGUAGAAGAAAUACGCUCCCUAGAUGAUCACGCAUCCGUAGAAGAGUUCACAAAGGUUUAUUACUUGCGCCUUGGUACUGUUGAUGCAGCCCGGAGACUCAAACAGGCGAUGGAUGACAGACCAUUUUAUUCAAAUCUCUUAACAAUCGCAUAUGCACCUUACUAUGAGACUGUCCAUGAUGCACGUCUAAAACUGCAGAAUCGGAGAAAUGCAAUACAUCAAAAGCUAAGCCCA